GGCUGGUUUAGCUCUUUGCCUGUGUUUAUAUUAUUGCUGUUUGAAGUUAGACAACAUGAGAAUGGAAAUAACUUGAAAACAACAAAACAAAACGAUACAUAUUUAAGUGGAGGUAUAUUAAUACAGACGUUGUUGAAGAUAGCAUAUAUACCGUCAAGAUUGAAUUUUUCCACAUUCUUCACUGCUACAUAAUAUUUUCUAUCUUCCAAUUUCAUUCACUGUUUGCCACCGCCAAUGCAGAUGAUUUUUUAUCAAUAUUGACAAGGACCAGAGUGGUUGCAUCAAGUGGCUCGCCUGUUGAACAGACCAGCAUGGAUCAAACUCUUCCAGUGGAUCAUUGCCAGCCUGGUAAUGAUGGGGACGCUCCUAAUUCGAACAGCGCAUCAUACUGUGUGCUCAUGACAUCAAAUGACCAAUCUGAUCCAACAAGGCCGCAGGUCCCUUGCACUGACAAGUCUCUUCCUCCUGUUCAAAAUAAUGGAUUUAGGAACCAACGUUUCCCUGGUCAAGCAGCCACUGAUAAGAAGUCGAAUCCCAAUUUUGCCCCUGCUGGUCAAACUCAAACGCCAAACUCAAACGAAAAAAGCCAGUCAUGGAUUUCUAUGAAAAAUAUACCAGAGCCUGAGAAGUUCCCAUCUACAUUGGAAGAAUUUGGCUACAAGUUUAAUGAAGAUGGAGCUUUGAAGAAAAUCAUCGAUAAAAAAACUGGCAAAACUGGCACAGAAAAUUUUGAGUUCAAUGUUUCAAAAGACCAACGCUUCAACCAAAAUCGCUAUGAAGCUCUUGGAAAGGUUGUUGAUGAGCAUGUCUACAAACUGAUGGAAGAGGCAGGUCUAAAAAAGUUCCCUGUGCCUUUCGAUGCUAAAGAGAGUGAGCCGCAAACGUUCGUGUUUGCCACGCCUGACUUUUUGAAGACUUCGGCCGAUAAAAACUUGCUCAUUCUCAUCCACGGAAGUGGAGUUGUCAGAGCAGGUCAGUGGGCUAGAAGGCUCAUCAUCAACGAUUGCCUAGAUUCUGGAACCCAGUUGCCUUACAUUAAGAAGGCGAUGGAAUUAGGCUAUAAUGUGCUUGUGCUGAACACAAACGACAACAAAAGAGAAACACUUAUCCGAGGCAGUAAAAAUCCAGUUGAACACGCACUUCACGUCUGGGACAAUUAUGUUGCUAAACCGAAAUCAGCCAAGGUUGCCAUUGUUGCUCACAGUUUCGGGGGAGUGUGCACUAGUAUCUUGGCGCAGGAAAGACGAGAAGAAUUUGCUGAAAAAGUAUUUGCGGUUGCAUUUACUGACUCGGUUCACGAUAUAUUGCGCGGUGAAGAUUUUAAGCAUCUUCGAAAUGUUGGCAGAAACUGGUGUGCCUCAAAUGUUCCUUUAGACGAAAUCAUUGAGGGCAUGAGUAGCAGUGACAUGACAACAGUGUCUGCAGGUCACACAGUGCACGAGUGGACCUCUUAUGCGGCAUUCGAGUCCGUUUUUAAGUACAUUGAAGAGAAGAGAGCCUAGCCUGCCUUUGAUGCCAAUGGGAAACCUGGAAAUUACUUUUAUUCAGAAUAUCAAGUCAAGGUGGCAUCUCGAUCAAACAGCAAAAAAGCAGACGGGAACACUACAGGGGUGGACACCGAAAAUUUAUUUUAAUUCCAUGAUUAAACUGAUAUAAUUAUUACUCUUACAAUAUGUUACCACAGGCUGAUAAUGUGUUUUUUAAAUCACAAAUAAUGUAACCAUUAAUUUUUUGUUUAUUUGAAAUAAACGCCUUUAUUUGAA